GUCGCUUUAAGAGUCGAUGUCGCUUUAAGAGGCGGGAAGUGUUCGCGCGAUCGUCAGCAGCCAACAUGGCGGAAGAGGAGGUGACCAAGCUGCAGAAGCACCUGGCGCUGCUCCGGCAGGAGUACGUGAAGAUGCAGCAGAAGUUGGCGGACACGGAGAAGAGAUGUGCCAUGCUGGAGGCCGUGUCCAGCCAGGAUACCAGUGGCGACUCCUUCAUUUGCCGGCUGCUGUCCAUCGUCUCCGAGCUUUAUCAGCACGAGCAGUACAGUGAUCUGAAGGUCAAGGUCGGAGAUCAAAUGCUGAAUGGUCACAAGUUUGUCUUGGCCGCUCGCAGCGAGACCUGGAGCCUAGCGAACCUGGCCUCUGUCCACCAGCUGGACCUGUCUGGUGCUGAGCCAGAGGUGGCCAUGGCAAUGCUGCGAUGGGUUUAUACAGACCAGCUCGAGCUCAAGGAAGAUGACGUGUUUCUGACGGAGCUUAUGAAACUAGCCAAUCGAUAUCAGCUGAUUCUCCUCCGGGAAAGGUGUGAAAAGGGAGUCAUGUCGCUGGUCAAUGUUCGGAACUGCAUUCGAUUCUACCAGACUGCGGAGGAGCUGGACGCCACCACUCUAAUGAACUACUGUGCUGAGAUCAUAGCCAGCCACUGGGACGAUCUUCGGAAGGAUGAUUUCAGCAGCAUGAGUGCUCCUCUGUUAUACAAAAUGAUCAAGUCCAAGACGCAGUUCCCUCUGCAUAAAGCCAUCAAAGUGGAGCGAGAAGAUGUGGUGUUUCUUUUCCUCAUCGAAAUGGAUUCCCAGUUACCCGGCAAGUUGAACGAGCUUGAUAGUAACGGGGACCUGGCCUUGGAUCUCGCCCUCUCUAGGAAGCUGGAGAGCAUCGCCAACACUUUGGUCAAUAACAAGGCAGACGUUGACAUGUUGGAUAAAGUCGGCUGGAGUUUGCUUCACAAGGCCAUCCAGAGAGGAGACCAGUUUUCGGCCCAGUUCCUGAUCCGGCACAGGGCUCGCGUAAACGCGGCCACAAGCGUGGAACACGAGACGCCGCUGCACCUGGUGGCUGCGUACAGCCCCAAGCAGCACUCCACAGAGGCCAUGGCGGGGAUGGCGCAUAUCGCACAGGGCCUCUUACAGGCCGGAGCCAACUCCAACAUGCAAGACAGCAAAGGACGGACGCCUUUGCACACCUCCAUAAUAACUGGAAACGAGCACGUCUUCCAGCAGUUACUGCAAUGCAAACAGUGUGACCUGGAGCUGAAGGACCAUGCGGGGAGCACAGCACUGUGGCUGGCCCUCCAGGACAUCACCGUAGACUCUGACCAGUCGGUGAAUCCUUUCGACGACGUCCCAGUUAUGAACGGAACCUCGUUCGACGAGAACAGUUUUGCGGCCAAACUUAUCAAACGUGGCAGUAACCCCGACGCUCCAGACUCGACGGGCAACUGCCUGAUACAAAGGGCAGCAGAGACAGAGAACGAGGCAGCCGCCCUCUUCCUCGUGGCUCACGGGGCGAAGGUCAACCACAACAACGAGUGGGGUGAGACUCCGCUGCACACCGCGUGCCGACACGGCCUGGCUAGUCUCACCGUGGAACUCCUCCUCCAUGGAGCCAACCCCAACAUCCAGACCAGCCAGCCCCUCCCCACCUGCCCCGGACCCGCCCAGACCUCCACCGAGGGCCUGCACAUGCAAACGCCUCUCCACAUGGCCAUCGCCUACAACCACCCAGACGUCGUGUCCGUCAUCCUGGAGCAGAAAGCAAAUGCACUUCACGCCACGAAUAACCUGCAAAUCAUUCCUGACUUCAGCCUGAAAGAUUCCAGAGACCAGACAGUACUGGGACUGGCGCUGUGGACAGGGAUGCACAAAAUAGCAGCACAGCUGCUGGGCUCGGGAGCUGCCAUCAAUGACAGUAUGCCUGAUGGCCAGACCCUGCUGCACAUGGCCAUUCAGAGACAGGACAGCAAGAGCGCUCUCUUCCUCCUUGAGCACCAGGCUGAUAUCAAUGUGCGGACCCGUGACGGGGAGACGGGGCUCCAGCUGGCCAUCAAGAACCAGCUCCCGCUCGUGGUCGAUGCUAUCUGUACCCGUGGUGCUGACAUGGCUGUGCCGGAUGAGAAGGGGAGCGUGCCCCUGUGGCUAGCGUUGGAGAGUGGGCUCGAGGACAUCGCUUCCACUUUGGUGCGACAUGGCUGUGAUGCGACCAGUUGGGGACCAGGGCCGGGGGGGUGUUUGCAGACUCUGCUGCACCGAGCCAUCGACGAGAACAACGAGAACACUGGCUGCUUCCUCAUCCGCAGCGGUUGCGACGUGAACAGCCCUCGGAGGCCGGGCCCCAGCGGGGAGGGGGAGGAGGAGGCCCAUGACGGGCAGACUCCGCUGCACAUGGCGGCCAGCUGGGGCCUGGAGGAGGUGGUGCAAUGUCUCCUGGAGUUCGCUGCCAACGUCAACUCUCAGGAUGCUGAGGGAAGAACGCCAAUCCAUGUUGCCAUUAGCAACCAGCACAGCAUCAUCAUCCAGCUCCUGAUCUCCCAUCCCGAAAUCCGGCUGAGUGUGCGAGACCGGCAGGGCAUGACCCCCUUUGCCUGCGCGAUGACCUACAAGAACAACAAGGCCGCGGAAUCCAUCCUGAAGCGGGAGUCGGGAGCAGCGGAGCAGGUUGAUAACAAGGGGAGGAACUUCCUUCACAUUGCUGUUCAGAACUCGGACAUUGAGAGCGUACUGUUCCUGAUCAGCGUUCAGGCCAAUGUCAACUCGAGGGUGCAGGACAUCUCCAAGCUCACGCCCCUGCACCUCGCCGUGCAGGCCGGCUCAGAGAUCAUCGUCCGUAACCUGCUGCUCGCCGGGGCUGCGGUGAAUGAGCUGACGAAGCAUCGGCAGACGGCGCUGCACCUGGCGGCUCAGCACGACCUGCCGACCAUCUGCUCCGUGCUCCUGGAGAACGCCGUGGAAUACGCCGCUGUGGACGAGAACGGGAACAACGCCCUACACCUGGCUGUCAUGCACGGCCGUCUCAACGUGGUACGUGUACUCCUGACCGAAUCCAGCAUCGACGCUGAGGCCUUUAACCUGAGGGGCCAGUCGCCCAUGCACGUCCUCGGCCACUAUGGCAAGGAGAACGCAGCCACCAUCUUCGAGCUGUUCCUGGAGUGCAUGCCCGAGUACCCACUGGACAAGCCUGACUCCGAGGGCAACACGGUGCUGCUGCUCGCCUACAUGAAGGGAAACGCAAACCUGUGCCGGGCUAUUGUACGAGCCGGGGCCAGACUGGGCGUCAACAACAAUCAGGGCACCAACAUAUUCAACUACCAGGUGGCCACCAAACAGCUGCUCUUCCGGCUUCUAGACAUGCUGUCCAAGGAACCGCCGUGGUGCGAUGGGUCCAAUUGCUUUGAGUGUGUGGCCAAGUUUGGAGUCACUACCCGGAAACACCACUGCCGUCACUGUGGCCGUCUCCUGUGUCACAAAUGCUCCACCAAGGAAAUCCCCAUCAUCAAGUUUGACCUGAACAAGCCGGUGCGCGUGUGCGACAUUUGCUUUGAUGUGCUGACGCUGGGAGGGGUUUCCUAGUGCAGCCCCCCCCCCCACCCACCAC